AUGGACAGAGGCAUGUCAGUGUCUCUGUGGUGUGAGGAGGUGGAGGACGACCAGAGUCAGGAUCAGAGUGAAGCUCCACCUCAGGGCCGCACCGGGGGCCCGACUCUGCUGCGAGCCGCCUGGGACCCAACGGUGUCGGGGCACCGGGUCAUCCAGAGGCUGCUCCACGUGGAGGAGAGGUACAUGCCCUCCAUGCUCUACAUCACCCUCAUCCAGCGGGAGCCGGAGCGCAGGGAGGAGCUCGCCAAGUGGGCCCUGGAGGUGUGCUGUGACUGUGGCUGCGAUGAGGCGGUGUUCCCGCUGUCUGUCUCCCUGAUGGACAGGUUUCUGUCUGCGUCUCUGUCCCUGCCUGUCUCGCUGUACUGUCUGGCAGCCGGCUGCAUCCUGAUCGCCUCCAAACUCACAGAGUGCGACAACGUCACCGCUGACAGCCUCUGUGCUGCAGCAGAAUACAGCUUCCAGCCCUCCAACCUACGAGAAAUGGAGCGUGUCAUCCUCGCCACCCUCCGCUGGGACACAGCAGCAGUGACCCCUCAGGACUUCCUCCCACAUUUCCUGGCCUCCGUGGAGGAGAUGGGACACGGAGGAGACUCUGAUGAGGAGCUGAUCUCCACCCUGAGGCGGCACAGCGACACCCUGGCUGCCAUGUGCGCCUGCGACUCCCGCUUUCUGGGAGCUCCCCCAUCACUUGUUGCUGCAGCAUCACUGAACUGUGCACUGCGAGGCCUCGGCAACAAAGGCCCCACACAGCUGGCUCUGAGGAGUGAAGCACUGGCUGAGCUCUGCCAGACUGAGCUGGCGGUGCUGCAGUGCUACAGCGACAUGAUCGAAUACGCCCUCCGACAGCGGCUGAGCAGUGGGCUGCAGCAGGGUCCCACAGAGAAGGGCGAGGAGGUGGAACAGGAAAGGCCUGGAACACCGACUGACAUGAGAGAGAUUGAUUUCUGAACACUGAAUCAGCAGCUGCAUUGAAAGUGUGAAUCAAUCAAAACCCUUUAAGUUCAUCAGUCAAACUGAUAUAAAUUAACCUCACGAUGCUCUGUCACGCCUUUAUAUAUAAUUUUAAUGACUUUAUUGAGUUUAUUAAUUUAUUUCUUGCUUUAUUUAUUUGUGAACAGUGUGUUUUCCAUGUGCCAUAUUUGAAUAUCUAUUUCUAUUAAUUUUAUUGUAGCCCUAGAUGUUAUUUUGAUGCAUAUUUAUACUUUUUAAU